UCAAUCAAAAUUUGAAUCUUCGUUCAUCUUUCUCCUCAAGACAUAGCUAGCUAGAUAGCACAAGAAUAUGAAGAUAUCAUCAAUUGGAUGCGUCUUUCUUCUUAUCUUCAUCUCUAUCACAAUUGUCUCCAGUUCACCAGAUCAAGGAGAAGUUGAGGACGAAGCACAGUUUAAUUACGAGAAGAAUGGAGAGAAGGGGCCAGAGAAUUGGGGAAGACUAAAGCCAGAGUGGACAAUGUGUGGAAAAGGCAACAUGCAGUCUCCGAUUGAUCUUACGGACAAAAGAGUCUUGGUUGAUCAUAAUCUUGGAUACCUUCGUAGCCAGUAUUUACCUUCAAAUGCUACCAUUAAGAACAGAGGCCAUGAUAUUAUGUUGAAAUUUGAAGGAGGAAAUGCAGGUUCGGGUAUCACUAUUAAUGGUACUGAAUAUAAACUUCAACAGAUUCAUUGGCACUCCCCUUCCGAACACACUAUCAAUGGCAAAAGGUUUAUUCUUGAGGAACACAUGGUUCAUCAGAGCAAAGAUGGACGCAACGCUGUUGUCGCUUUCUUUUACAAAUUGGGAAGACCUGACUUUUUUCUCCUUUCGUUGGAAAGAUACUUGAUGAGGAUAACUGAUACACAUGAAGCCGAGGAAUCUGUCGGGAUGAUUCAUCCUAGAACAUUCGAUUUUGAAUCAAAACAUUAUUAUAGAUAUCUCGGAUCACUUACAACUCCACCGUGUUCUGAAAAUGUUACGUGGACGAUUUCCAAAGAGAUGAGGACUGUGACAUUAAAACAAUUGAUCAUGCUUCGAGUGACUGUACACGAUCAAUCUAAUACAAAUGCUAGACCGCUACAGCGUCAGAAUCAACGUCCGGUGACACUUUACAAACCAACAUGGCAUAUUUAACCAUCUGAAGUCUCCUACCUAAAUAUUUAAGUUUGGCUAUAUACGCUUUGUAAUAGAUAACUUGCUUUAAAUAUUGGAUCCAUUGGAAUUAGUAAUAUUGAUGGUAAUGAAUAAACUGAGCAGAUUUAUUGAUUCAUCCAGAUGAUCAAUGAUAGUGUAUUUUGAAGAACCAAGAGUGUGAUAAAGCAGCACAUAUACCAUAUAUCUACUAGUAGUACGUACCAUAGUAAUGUAAUUCAGUUCUGCAGUGGUUAUGGCCUAUUAUCUUAUAAAU